AUGUCUGAUGUUGAUGUGGCGGUAGUGCGAGAGUGGCCUGUACCUACAUGUUCUAAAGAUGUGGAACGCUUCAUGGGUCUGGUCAACUAUCAUAGGACUUCCGUCCACGACUUUGCGCAGUUGGCAGAACCACUGUACAGUGUCGUGGGUAAGAAGAAGUUUCGGUGGGACACAGAGCAACAAGAGGCAUUUGAUGCUUUGAGACAGGCUGUCACUGAACCACCAGUGCUGGCAUUACCAAACCAGACAGACAAGUUUAUCUUGGACAUGGAUGCCUCAGAAAAAGCGGUAGGGGCUGAGCUAAUUCAGGUUCAAGAUGGCGUUGAACGGGUUAUUGCGUAUGGUAGCUUUGCGCUUAACCACGAACAAUGA